ACUUUUAAGGAGGUGCAUCACAUUCAUGAUUAUUCAAUGAUACAAAGAAGAAACAAGGGGGGUAAUCCUUGAAGAACGUUUCGACAUUUGGUGACAAUAGCCUGUCGGUGGGAUUAGCCAAUAGUCUUGUGUGGAAUGGCCCUGACCGCCCUGUGAUGGAAUCAGUGCCGGGGAGGUAUUAUGAAGUUAAUUCCAGAUUUGUGGGAUAAAGAUGGAAACCAGGAUAAUUCUGACCACUUUUCUGCUGACGUUGGUGGUUAGGUGUUCGAAGCCCUGUCAACAAGCUAUCGUUCUCCAGGACGACACGCCAGUUUUCAUCAGUACCCCGGGCUUCACGGAGGGGAAACCUUACCCAACAAACACACUCUGUACCUGGGACAUCUCAACAUAUCAAGGGAAUAUUGAGGUUCGAUUUUUAUCUUUCGAUGUGGAGUACGAUGCCAGCUGUAACUGGGACUUUAUAGAGAUGUAUUCAGGUCCGUGUGGAGGGAAUAAUCACGUGAAGUACUGCGGUUCUACACUCCCCCCAGUCCUGACCUCUAUCUCUGGGAGGGUCUGUGUGGAAUUCUAUUCCGAUCCCUACCUAACAAAGCCAGGCUUCAAGGCCCGCCUUCUCCGAGUGGGUAAACAUGAAAAAUCAAAAAACAGUUCAAGUGGUAUCUCCACUUCAACAAGUAAUACAAACAUAACAACAUUUCCUUUACCUACUACGUCACUUCCUUUCACAUCGUCUACAGUAUCAUCUUCAUCAUCACCUCCACCUACAAAAGAAAGCAAUACUUCUUCACCCGGUGAUUCUUCAGCCAAUGUCGGUGGCAGUUCUGGUACACUGACCAGCAAAAAUAUAGAAAUGUGUUUGACAAAUAUUUAUCAUCUUGAUUUAAAACUGAAAGAAAAGUUGGAACUGUUUACUCCUGGAUUUCGGACAGGCAGCAAGUAUCCAGUGAACAAGCAUUGUUCAGUUUCCAUAACAGCAACCAAAAAUAAUACUUUAAAGAUCCAUCUCCUUACUUUGGAGCUGGAGUAUCAUCCCCAAUGUCUGUACGACAGACUCGUUGUUCAUGAUGGUCCUUCACACACGUCACCUGUUAUGUUAUCCUUAUGUGGAAUCCACCAAUCAAACGUCUACCUCUCUACCUCAGACUCGGUUUAUAUUGAGUUUCACUCGGACAUUAUCAUCCCAGCUGCUGGCUUUAAAAUUGUAAUAGAAAAUGAACCCAUCAGCACAAUGCCUAAGAUUUUGACCACUCAUCCCAUAGAGUCUUCUGAAACCACAACCUCGGAGGAUAUUUUGACCACCCAAAAUGUACAAACAAUACCUUCGACUAUCUCGACUACUCAAAAUGUACAAACAACACCUUCGACCAUCUUGACCACUAAAAAUGUACAGUCAACAACACCUGGGGCUAUAAUGACCACUCAGAAUACACAGACCCCACUAACCACAACACAUGGAGAUAUCUUGACCACACAAAAGGUGUUAACUUCUUCACCCACAAAACCCUCAGAUAUAUUUACUACUCAAAAUGUACAUACUCUUCCAGUGACAAAAACCGGCGACACUGCUGUACAAGACGUAUUUACCUCAACAACCUCUACCUCCGACUCGAAACAAAUUACGACUGAAUUGUUAUCUACCUCAUCUACUGUAUCAGCUGACGACAAAUUGACAUCAUCAGCAACAACGUCAAGAGCAACAACGAUUGCAUCACCAGCUACUCAACUGACAUUAAAGUCAUCAAAAAUUCCAUUGACAAAUACAUUUUUAUCCACAACAACACCAACAAAAGAUCAAAAUCCAGUAACAAAAGAAACAGCAAAAUCAACAACGACCUUAGCAUCUCCGAUGUCAACAAACUCUAAAACCGUUAUUACGCUACCAUUGAGAAUACUUACAGUACCAACAAAAAUAACACAGACGUCUUCCAUACCGACAACAAAGUUACCUAAAACAUCUUCAUUUUUAACAACCAUAUUAAAAUCAUCAACGGCACACACAACUGCAGUAAAUCAAAUCAAAAGCACAACUGCCAAAACUUACAACGGAACUACUGAAACAUGGAUAACGAAACAGCAAUCGUCCACACUGGCGACCGACGCUCUACAUGUAAAAGCAAGUACCAUACACAAAAAUAUGCCAUCUUCUUCUUCACCUCUAUCAUCAUUUUCAACAAGUUCCACGACAGUUGCAGUAAGGACAUCAUGGACACAAAGGUCUUCUACAUCUGCGGAUAUUUCAAGUUCCAAAACAACAGUUAAAAGUUCUCCAUCCACAGUAACAGUUCCACCCUCCCCCAGUCUCCCAAUGGAGUGCCUGGGGGUAGAUAAAGUUUUCUCCUCUCUAGGAAGACAUGUUGUUCAGUCCCCUGGGAUGGAGACUGGAGAACUGUACCCCAAUGAUGUUCAAUGUUCCUGGAUUUUCAUUGCACAAGACGACCAGGAAAUAAAAAUCGGUUUCGAAAUGUUCGAUGUCGAACAUGAAAAGGAUUGCAAGUAUGACAGUCUACAACUGUACAAUGGAUCAUCCGUAAAGAGUGAAGUAAUAAAGCGAUACUGUGGAAAGGAACUCCCUUCAAAUUUUACUUUUCCUGGGAAUCAGAUGUAUCUGCUGUUUAUAUCUGACCGUCGUGUGCAGAGUAUCGGCUUCAAAUUAAACGUGGACAUUGUAAAGAAACCCACGAAAACCAAAAACUGUCUAUUGGGAGAAAAGCGUUGUCUGGACGGUUCCUGCGUCCCAUCUGAAUGGUUCUGUGAUGGCGAGAUAGACUGUCCAGACAAAAGCGACGAACAAGUCUGCGGACAGUGUGUGUCUGGUGAGUUCAGGUGUACCAAUGGAGAGUGUAUAUCGACUUACCUAAGAUGUGACGGCAAGCCAGACUGCUCGGGGCAUGAAGACGAGACUGACUGCUUUUCCUUGAAUGACCAUUCAGAGAUACUCGUCAAGUACAACAACAAGGACCUGCCUAUAUGUCGAGAUACAUGGGAAAACAAACUUGCUGAGUUAAUUUGUUCAGAUUAUUUCUUCAGGUAUAAAAGAUCAAUGAUCAUAUAUAUAUACUUAAAUCAACAUUAA